UUGAGCCUGCUCGCUGGCGACCCCCAGAGGGCCAGUAUGGUUUGGGGACCUGUGUGAUUAAGGACUCUCGCUCUAGUUUUAACGACUCUAUUUGCAUAACGGAGACUGAGCUUCCUCCUGCCGGUCUGCAGUGCUUUUCUUCCCUCCUUCUCCGAUCCCCUGCUACUACAUCCCCGCCUCCCCCCAGUCCCUCGCUGCUCCCCCAAGGCCCCAUUCUCAGCGGACUCACUCGGAGCUAAAGUGCGGGACUCUUCUUCCCCGGCCUGGUGAGGUUCGGAGGCACCUGGGGGUGUGGAGUCCAGGACCAAGCCGGGCUAGGGAGCCGCCCUGGCACUGCCUGACCCUAACAAAGGGAAUACAGCUCCCGACCGGCUCGAGCGCGCGGGGGGCACAGCGGCCGCCGCCUUCCCGGCUGAGAGUGUUGCCAGCAGGGCUAGAGCCAACUGUGCCAAACUCAGCAGCCAGUGGCCCAGAGGGAAGCAAUCAGUGCCACAGAAGCCAACUGAAAUGAACUGGCCCCUUUGAGCCUCUCCCAAAUACGUGGCACCCCACUUUCCGUCCGAAUGCUGAGAUGGUUUUUGAUCAUCCUGAGAAAAAUGAGCCCUGGCCUCCAGACCUAAUCAAGUAAACCUCUUUCCAAUGGAGAAUAGUGCUGGCUCCUGAGGACCUGGAAGGCCUGCAGCCCCAGAGGGAUUAGCCAGAAGCAGGCUUGGCUCCUGCUCAGAACGGUGGCCUUCCUGGCUCUAUCUUCCAUUAUGAUUCACACCAACCUGAAGAAAAAAUUCAGCUACUUCGUCCUGGUGUUUCUCCUGUUUGCAGUCAUCUGUGUGUGGAAGAAAGGGAGCUAUGAGGCUCUUAAACUGCAAGCCAAGGAAUUUCAGGUGUCGAGACUGGCCGUGGGAUCUGGUUUCCAGUCUACAAGCAGCAAACAAGACCCUAAGCAGGACAGUCACAUCCUCCGUCAUCUCAGGGGCACGGCCAACGUCAAAUCACCACCUUCCUCCUACCAGGUGUGGGACAAGGACUCCUCAGCCAAAAACCUGAACCCCAGGCUGCAAAAGAUCUUGAAGAAUUAUCUAAACAUGAACAAGUAUAAAGUGUCGUACAAGGGGCCAGGGCCGGGAGUCAAGCUCAGUGCAGAGGCCCUGCGCUGCCACCUUCGAGACCAUGUGAACGUAUCCAUGGUAGAGGCCACAGAUUUUCCCUUCAACACUAGUGAAUGGAAGGGUUACCUGCCCAAAGAGAACAUUCGGACCAAGGCUGGGCCGUGGCGCAGGUGUGCCGUGGUCUCCUCCGCGGGAUCGCUGAAGUCCUCCCAGCUGGGCAAAGAGAUUGAUAAUCAUGAUGCAGUCCUGAGGUUUAAUGGGGCACCUAUAGCCAAUUUUCAACAGGAUGUGGGCACGAAAACCACCAUCCGCCUGAUGAAUUCUCAGUUAAUCACCACAGAAAAGCAGUUCCUGAAGAACAGCUUGUACCACGAAGGAAUCCUCAUUGUGUGGGACCCAUCUUUGUACCAUGCUGAUAUCCCAAGUUGGUAUAAGAAGCCAGACUACAAUUUCUUCGAAACGUAUAAGAAUUAUCGCAAGCUGUACCCCAACCAGCCCUUUUAUAUGCUCAGGCCUCAGAUGCCAUGGGAACUGUGGGACAUCAUGCAGGAAACCUCUCCAGACUGGAUUCAGCCAAACCCCCCAUCCUCAGGCAUGCUGGGUAUCAUCAUCAUGAUGACGCUGUGUGACCAGGUAGAUAUUUAUGAGUUCCUUCCAUCCAAGCGCAAGACCGACAUGUGCUACUACCACCAGAGCUUCUUCGACAGUGCCUGCACAAUGGGUGCCUACCACCCGCUCCUCUUCGAGAAGAACUUGGUGAAGCAUCUCAACGAGGGGACAGAUGAAGACAUUUAUUUGUUUGGGAAAGCCACAUUGUCCGGCUUCCGGAACAUUAAGUGUUGAGCACAGGUCUCUAGCUGGGCACUCUGAUUCUUCUCCUUAGGUUGUGUAUAUGGCUGGUCUCCUGGUUACCCCUGCUUGGAGGAGCGGUUUGUUUGUUUUCCCCAACAGGCCCAAGCCUGCUUCUUGCACUCUAGGGAAUUUUGUUGGCAAGAACUCCUGGGCUUCCACAGCCUGAUGGCAAAGGAGGCAGACCUGACCUUCCCUGCAGCCAUAAAGGAUAGGAGCUCAGAUUCCUGCCACACACAUUCCUCCUAGAUAGCACCCUCCUCCCCUUCCACACGGGCAGGGGAAAGAGCCGCAUUUCUCAUCAGGCUUGUUAAAACCAGACUUUGUUUUUCCCAACUGAAUGAUGUCACCCUCACAAACCAGCACCCGCCCCCCUCCCCCACCCCCUACAUAGAUAUCACUAUCUCUACAUAGAUAGUAAUUUCACAUCUCCAAGAAACUCUCCCAGGCUUGGUUUGUGCCAGAUGCAGGGUGGCUUGGGGAAGUGAAAGCAAAUUGUUGGCACAGGAAUCAUGCUCAGUUACGCCAAAGCAAAAUCAUCCCCAAAGGCACUUCCCUGGGGACAGUGUCCUGUUGUCACCCUGUCUGGCUAGGCCGAUCCUUGAGCUGGGGUGCUUCAGAGCAAAGGCUCUUGAGUGGCCCCUUUUUCUUCUCCUUCUCCAUGUGGAGACCAAAGGAACAGAGACCUCCUGUCUCUGUCCUCAACCUGUUCACCGGUGAACAGAAGAGAUGACACCCAACAGGAAGCUAGAACGCAAACAUUCCCUGUGCUCGUGGGCACUGGGCUUUUGAGAGGAGGGGCCUGCUGUCUGUAUGCCCAGGAGGAGCCAGCGUAGCCAUGUUCUCAUAGAGCCAUGACAUUGGGAAAGGGACACAUGCCAAACAGAGUAGAUGUCACCCGAGUCAGAGGAGCUGUGUUGUUCUUUCUCCCAUUCUCAUUCUCUAAGGCCUGUUAGGACAUGGGAGCUAAGAUAUUUUUGUUAGGAAGCCCCUACCCACUUUGGCAGCAAGUGCUUCCCCACAGUGGACACAGGGGAGCCAGAUAGACUGGGGCUCUUUUUAUAUUUCAUUUUUUUUUUAAUGUCAACUCUCUAACCUUCUGCUACCAUUACUCUCCCGUAAAGCAGUCUCCCCCUCCCGGAUUACUUUGGAUCAUUUUUCUGUUUGACAAUUAUCCUUACCCCCAACUUCUUUGACCUCAUGGGCCCUCCAUGGAAGGUCUCUCAGGGCGUGGGGACUACAUUUUCCAGGACUUUAGGUUAGCAUCUUAAUCAUACCUGAUUCUCACUAGGCGUGAGGUGUGUGGUUGCUGAUCCUCCUGCGCUUCACCAGCUCCCAGCAAGAGAGUGGCCUUGGUCUCUGGGCAGAAAGUUUGGCAAGCAUACUCUUGCAAGAAUUUUCUGAGACCUGUCUACCUGGUGGGGAACCACAAUGGCCCACUCAGGCCCCUGUGUGGAGCGGCUCAGUGACUUGUUUAUGGUCAAUGAAAUAAAAUGAAUGUGAACGAAGCAAGGUCACUAAGACAGUCCGCUGGCCUCCCAAGCCUGGCCCUGUGUGCUCACAGGGCUCCGGUGUUUGAACUUCAGACCCACGGUCCUUGAACUCAGACGCCUGUUUACUGCUGACCCCUUGCCUUACACAAGCAGACAGUAAGAAGCCUGAAGUGGAAAGCCCUGGGUUUUCAGGUUGACCCCCACUGACUCACUGUGCCACGUCACACAAAGUCUCUUCCUCGGGCCUUUGCUUCCAUAUCUGUUCAAUAGGGGUGACAAUCCUACCUCACAGGGCCAUGUGGGGACCACAGGAAGGCUUAUGGCUGGACUCUGUCCACGGUGCAUAGGAAGUAGGUACCCUGCUGUCCCUUGCUGCAAGGGAGCAGGGCGGUGAAGAGGGACAUGAAGUCUAUUUUAUUGUGAGGCCACUGCCUCAUUCGCAACACCCAGGAGCCUGCCCCUCCUGGCUGCCCGCACCUCAGGUCUGUUUCUGCUCGAGGGUGCACCGGAGUGUUGGGCUGCUUGGCGGCUGUGUGGGGUGAGGCGAGGCCAUCCCUGGCUUCCUUCGAGUUCUGCUCUCACAUGCCCGUUCUAACUCAUCAGGACUGGGGUAGAGUGCCACGGAGGCUGCUAUCCUGUCGGCAGGUGGUACAUGGCGACGUAGGGAUGGGGACAACACUGGGUAGAUUCUAGUUUUUUUUAACUAUUCUUAAUGUGAGGGAAUAAAUUAAUUUAAGUGUAAUAUGA